AUGAUAGCCGCCUCCGCCUCCGCUUCAGCUUCAGCUCCAGCUCCCCCUCCUCUCGCUCACAGAGCCUCAACGAGGCCAAAACAUGCCGCCGCCUCUCCGCCUCCCGAAGCCGGCACCGCAGAUCGCCGGAGCACCCGUGCCGUGCCGAUAGACCCGCUGUCUGAUCGGGCAACGCUGAACCUCAUCCGCCGGACGCUGUGCCCGCAGCAACUGGGAGACAAAGGCCGAGAUGCCCAGCCCGCCAUCCAGGACCUGCUGCUGCCGCCGCUCACGAGCCGCAAUGAUGUCGACCUGCAGCUCUACGCCUUCCUCGCUAUAAUUAUGCGGGAGUUUGUACAGAGCUGGUAUAGCAAGAUCACUGCCGACGAGACGUUUGUGCCUGAGAUUCUGCGUAUCAUUGCACACUGCACCACGGCGCUGGAGCAGAGGUUUAGGAAGUUGGAUCUCGAGAGUCUGCUCCUGGAUGAAAUACCAGACCUGCUCGAUAGACAUGCUACAGCUCGCCGCGUGGCCUCUCGAUCUGCUUUGCAAUCAUCGGUUGAUGCUGAUCCCCGAGAGGUUUACCACUCCAUUUUCCCCUUGCCGUUCCUUUCCCCCGUGCCUCGCUUGGAUGAUAACACGGCUGUGGAGCUACAACGAGAGAACGAGGCGACCUAUCGCCAGUUGCUGGUCCAAGGUGUUCUAGCCAUCCUGCUCCCUACUGAAGAUUUGGAGAACCCCUGCCUAACGGCCCUUGUGGAACAAAUAUUCUCGGAGUUAAUCAUUGGCAAUAUCAUCGCGGGCAAAGCAUCCCAGCCAUGGCUGCUCUACGAGGCCAUCUGUAUCGCCGCAAGGUCGUUGGGCGAACAGAAAGAUAGGACAAAGGCAAGGAUCGUGUCUGGGAAGGACCGAUCACCGGACCUUGGUCAGGAUGCGGCCAAGUCUCCAAAGUGGACGGUCCAAGGGGUCUUUGUGUUGAUUAUUCACUUGGGCAUCCUCUUCUUCAACGCUCUUCGGCUCAUGGCCGGCACCUUGGCGGACUCCAUAUCGCUACCUCCCAGAACGGCGCUUCAUCUCGAUGAGGAAGCCGCAGAAGACGCUCACAACGACAAGCAACCACCACCAUCAACGGAUACGAACCUCGGGGCCAAAGUACCUGUACUUAGCUUCAAGCUCUGGGCGUGUUUUGGGAAUCUGAUUGAGCUGGAGGAGAGGAAACCCUGGCUGGGUGGCUUCAUAUCAUUGUUACAGACUGCGGCCAUUGAUGGGCCAUGGCGUAUUGCGGGGCUUAAUGGUCCUCUCGACAGACUCCUCUCGCACCAUAUUCAAUCUCUCUUCGAUUCGUCUCAUCUACCACCCAUCCUUCGGUCGCUCCGAGGCGCCCUGUUUCCUAACAACAGCCCCGGCACGUCCACUCUUGUGGCUCCCCAGUCGGAGAGGGAGCUGCUCGCUCUGCGCCGUAGGGCCGCCAGCGCUAUCUCGGACUUGCUCCCUGCAAGCGUGACCCGCGUGUACUUUGGCCGUCGGCAUUGGCGCCUGGGCGGGCUAUUUGGCCCUGGCGAUGAUGCAGGAUCGCCUUCUGCCGCGAUCGACGAGGACGAUGACGAGAGGAUCUUGGAUGAGCUCGAGAGUCUCCUCGACGUCGUUGGAGACGAGUACUGCAACAAACACUUGAUGUAUAGCGCUUUGGAACUGGUUCUUGUGAGGCUGAUGCCAGAGCUAAGCGACAAGGGCGUUGUGGAGCUACGGCAAGACAGACUUGGUUAA